AUGCCUGGUCUAAAUACUCGUUUCCGCCAGAUAGUCACCCUGGCUACCGAUCAAGAUCCACUGUCAACCCAGGUCCGCUCAUGCAUCGAGCUUGUCCGCACAUGUCAUUACGACCUCCAGCACCUUGUUCAACUUCGCAACCAGCACGCGACCUUGCUCCUACCCGCAGCAGUUGAGCGCAUCGAUGGAAUUAUUGAGGCCGCGCAGCAGUGCCAUGACCGCGUCGACAGACUCGUGGAGAAGUGCCGACCGGAGGCGCAUGGGGGAAAGACGCCACUUCGCAGCAAGAUGAGGUGGAUUCUGGCCGAUUCUCUCGACUUUGAGAGCCAGCAGCCGCUUCUUCACUGUCAUCACGCUGCAGUAUUGGCCGAGUUGAACUUUGUACGUCAAGUAGUCCUCGCAGCCCCGACGGUCGGGGACCAAAAAGAGGAGGAGGCGAGUCCAGAGCCCGCUGUGAUAUCCUCAACCUUUUCCAACAUUGCUCUCCUAGGAGAUGUGUUUGAUAGCAUUUCGUUGACUUCCUGUGACCCUGUCUCAUCUCCCCAGCUUCCCUCGCCCUCAACCAACACUACACCCUCUUCCGACCCAAGCAACGUACAGGGUCUUUCUUCUCCAGCACCGGCGAAUACGCAAAGGCAUAAAAAGGCUGUAUCGAUAGUUGAAGUUCACGAAAAGUUCUCGGUCCAUUCUGACGUCGACAACCAAAAAGAGCUAUACCCCUAUUCCGAUGAGAAGGAAGUUGUUGUCAACGAGCAGUCACGAUCACCAGACAAAGAUAGAGUUGUCCUAAACCCACAAGACAACACUGGCUUGCGCUUGCUGUUUGAUCUGGGUCACGACGAGGUCUCCCCGAGGUCCUCUCCACUUGCGGCUGUUCCGUCCCUUUCAUCUAUCUCUCAAAUCUCUUCCAUGCCCAGUGUGCCGAACCUGCAUGGUAUACCUCUGUCGAAUUCCAGUCAGACCAACUAG